AAAAAAAUCAUUUGGAUUUAUUACAGGCUAACAGCUCUCUGACAAGCUUUCACCUUAUGAAAGGGAGAGGGCAAGAGAGAGAUUAAGAGAGCGAGAGGGGGAAAGCGAGACGGACUGAGGGAGAGGAGCAGAGGGCUCUCGAUGACCUAAUUCUAAGUUAGCUGUUCAGUUGCAAGAGUAUUGACUACAACGUAGACCCUUGUGGGAAGCAGCAAAGAGGAAGCCGUGACAAGGGCAGAGAAGGCAGGGAGUAUCCUCACGGACAGGAGGAAUUCAUCAGGUUUUCCUGCUGAGCUCCAGUUGCUGCCGGAAGAGGAAUGGCAGGCCGGAGGGGAGUUAAAACUCUGAAGAGAUCGGCCGUCCCUGGAGUGACUAUCACACAGUUUGUGGAGGACAUUCCGAAAGGGUGCAGCACACCUGACUUUGAGCGGAAGCCAAUUACCUUAACAUUACAAGAAGGUAAAAAUGCCAUUUUCAGAGCUGUGGUCAAGGGUGAACCACAACCAGAGGUGUUCUGGAAACGCAAUAAUGAGGCAGUGGAUGAUCCUCAGAAAUACCAGAUAUCAUUCAAUCCAGCCACAAAUGAGUUUAUCCUGCAGGUAAAUAAAAUCACUGCAGAUGAUGCUGACUUGUACCGUUGCACUGCUGCGAAUGAGUAUGGGGAAGCCACCUGCACUGCUGGUCUCAAGAUCAUACAGGUCGGCUUCAAGAAGAAAGCGAAGCAGACUUCUUCUGCACCACAGACAGACCUGAAGAAGGAGCUCCAGGACUUCAGAAAAACAUUAAAGAAACGAACACCUUCAAGUGCUCCAAAGAAGGAAAUCGAUAUGGAACAGAUCUGGCAGUUAUUGCUGAAUGCAGAUAAGAAAGAUUAUGAAAGGAUCUGCCUGAAGUAUGGCAUUGUUGACUUCCGUGGGAUGCUGAGGAAGCUUCAGGAGAUGAAGAAGGAGAGAGAGGACAAGCAGGCACAGUAUCUACUCAACCUCAGAAACCUGAGGCAUGUCAGAGUCAAUGAGGUGCAAGGAAAUGCUUCAUUUGACCUAGAGAUGGAACUGAAAAAUCCAGAAAGUAGAAUUUACCUAUACAAGGAUGGCCAGAUGAUCAAUUUUGGAUUUGACAGUGAAAACACAAAGCACUGCCUGCGACAGGUUGGCAAAAAGUACAAUUUUAUCAUCAACGAUCUGCAGCCAGAAGAUGCUGGCGUGUACCAGAUCAAAGUAGAAGAUGUAGAUGUUUUCUCAACUGAGCUGGAAGCAGAAUCCAUCCCAGUAAGUUUUCGCUAUCCUCUUGGUGAGGUGAGAUGCCACGAGCAAGGAAAUGCUGUCUUUCAGUGCACUCUCUACGAACCCUGCUCCAACGCUACGUGGCUGCACAGAGACUGUAUUCUAGAGUCCAAUGACAAGUAUGAAAUUUCGGUCUCGGAAGAUGGCCUCACUCAUCGCCUAAUCAUCAAAAACACCCAGGCCUCUGACAAGGGGACUUACACCAUUGAUAUUGGAGACCGCUCUUCAAGUGCCUGGCUUGAGGUUGAAUCUAAAGGAAAGAGAAAGCAGACUGAAGGAGAUAGUGAUGAUAUAACUGGAUGGCGGAAGAAACAGCUAGAUGAAGACCGUGCAAAGAAACUUCGUCAAGGACAAGGCCAUGAUGAGCAGGAUGGCCAGUAUAAGAAUGGCCAAGCUGGCGAAGGAGAAUCUUAUGGUUCCUUAGGAAAAGAUGGAUCUUUGGGAAGAGGAGGAGCCAACAGAGAUGGGAAGAUGGGACAGUUUUCUGGGGUGGGGACAGACAUGGGAGAAGGGCAUGAGUUCUCUGGAUUUGCUGGUGGUAGUAGUGAACAUAUGGGACAUACUGGAUAUGGUGUUAGUGGAGGAAUGGGUGGUUUGGGUGGCAUGGGUUCACUGCAUGGUAAAGAUGCUAUGUUAGGUGGCACAGGAACUGGAUCUGGAGGUGCAGGUGGACUGCAAACUUCAGAUGGUUCCACACUUAAUGGAGCAGGUGGGCCAGGAGCUGGGUUUGGUGGUGCUGGUGGAGUAGGUGGACUCUACGGCAAGGAUGGGAUGCUAGGUGGAGCUGGUGCUGGGGGAGCUGGCGGUGCUGGCAGAGAAGGUGGACUUUAUGGUAAGGAUGGCAUGCUUGGUGGAGGUGGUGGUGCUGGUGGUGUAGGGGGACUUUAUGACAAGGAUGGGAUGCUAGAUGGAGCUGGUGCUGGUGGACCUGGUGGUGCUGGUGGAGUAGGUGGACUCUACGGCAAGGAUGGGAUGCUAGGUGGAGCUGGUGCUGGGGGAGUUGGCAGUGCUGGGGGAGUAGGUGGACUUUAUGGGAAGGAUGGUAUGUUAGGUGGAGCUGGUGGUGCUGGUGGAGCAGGUGGACUCUACGGCAAGGAUGGGAUGCUAGGUGGAGCUGGUGCUGGGGGAGUUGGCGGUGCUGGGGGAGUAGGUGGACUUUAUGGGAAGGAUGGUAUGUUAGGUGGAGCUGGUGGUGCUGGUGGAGCAGGUGGACUCUACGGCAAGGAUGGGAUGCUAGGUGGUGCGGGUGGAGUAGGUGGACUCUAUGGCAAGGAUGGGAUACUAGGUGGAGCAGGUGGUGCGGGUGGAGUAGGUGGACUCUAUGGCAAGGAUGGGAUGCUAGGUGGAGCUGGAGCUGGGGGAGCUGGUGGUGCUGGUGUAGGUGGACUUUAUGGUAAGGAUGGUAUGUUAGGUGGUGCUGGUACUGGUGCUGGUGGAGCUGGUGGUGCUGGUGGUGCUGGUGGAGUAGGGGGACUUUAUGGCAAGGAUGGGAUGCUAGGUGGAGCUGGUAUUGGCGGACCUGGUGGUGCUGGUGGAGUAGGGGGACUUUAUGGGAAGGAUGGAAUGCUAGGUGGAGCUGGGGCUGGUGGAGCUGGUGGUCCUGGUGGAUUUGGGGGACUUUAUGGCCAGGAUGGUAUGUUGGGUGGUGCUGGUGGACCUGGCAGUGCUGGUGGAGUAGGUGGACUUUAUGGUAAGGAUGGUAUGUUAGGUGGAGCUGGUGCUGGUGGUGCUGGUAGAGCUGGUGGAUUUGGGGGACUUUAUGGCAAGGAUGGGAUGCUAGGUGGAGCUGGCACUGAGGGUGCUGGUGGAGUGGGUGGACUUUAUGGCAAAGAUGGUUUUCUAGGUGGAGCUGGUGGACUUGAUGGUGCUGGUGGAGUAGGUGGACUUUGUGGCAAAGACGGUCUGCCAAUUGGAGCUGGUCAACUUGGUGGUGCUGGUGGAGUAGGUGGACUGUAUGGGAAGGAUGGUUUGUUAGGCAGUGGUGGUGCUGGUGGAAUGGGUGAUGCUGGUGGUGUAGGAGGACCUUAUGGGAAGGAUGGAAUGCUAGGCGGAGUUGGUGCUGGUGGACCUGGUGGUGCUGGUGGAGUAGGGGGACUCUACGGCAAGGAUGGGAUGCUAGGUGGAGCUGGAGCUGGUGGUGUUGGUGGAGUAGGUGGUGGUGGUGGAGUAGGUGACUUUAUGGCAAGGAUGGUAUGUUAGGGAGCUGGUGCUGGUGGACCUGGUGGUGCUGGUGGAGUAGGAGGACUUUAUGGGAAGGAUGGAAUGCUAGGUGGAGCUGGUGCUGGCGGAGUAGGUGGUGCUGGUGUAGGUGGACUUUAUGGUGAGGAUGGUAUGUUAGGUGGUGCUGGUACUGGUGCUGGUGGAGCUGGUGGUGCUGGUGGAGUAGGUGGUGCUGGUGGAGUAGGGGGACUUUAUGGCAAGGAUGGGAUGCUAUGUGGAGCUGGUAUUGGCGGACCUGGUGGUGCUGGUGGAGUAGGAGGACUUUAUGGGAAGGAUGGAAUGCUAGGUGGAGCUGGUGCUGGUGGAGUAGGUGGUGCUGGUGGAGUAGGCAGUGCUGGUGGAGUAGGAGGACUUUACGGCAAGGAUGGGAUGCUAGGUGGAGUUGGUAUUGGCGGACCUGGUGGUACUGGUGGAGUAGGUGGACUUUAUGGCAAGGAUGGAAUGCUAGGUGGAGCUGGUGCUGGUGGACCUGGUGGUGCUGGUGGAGUAGGGGGACUUUAUGGCAAGGAUGGUGUAUUAGGUGGAGCUGGUGCUGGUGGAGCUGGCAGUGCUGGUGGAGUAGGUGGAUUUUAUGGUCAGGAUGGUGUGUUAGGUGGAGCUGGUGCUGGUGGACCUGGUGGUGCUGGUGGAGUAGGGGGACUUUAUGGUCAGGAUGGUAUGUUAGGUGGAGCUGGUGCUGGUGCUGGUGCUGGUGCUGGCGGACCUGGUGGUACUGGUGGAGUAGGUGGACUUUAUGGUAAGGAUGGUGUUUUAGGUGGAGCUGGUGCUGGUGGACCUGGUGGUGCUGGUGGUGCUGGUGGAGUAGGUGGACUUUAUGGCAAGGAUGGGAUGCUAGGUGGAGCUGGUGCUGGGGGAGCUGGCAGUGCUGGGGGAGUAGGUGGACUUUAUGGUAAGGAUGGUAUGUUAGCUGGAACUGGUGCUGGCGGACCUGGUGGUGCUGGCGGAGCUGGCGGUGCAGGUGGAGUAGGUGGACUCUAUGGCAAGGAUGGGAUGCUAGGUGGAGCUGGUGCUGGGGGAGCUGGCAGUGCUGGGGGAGUAGGUGGACUUUAUGGUAAGGAUGGUAUGUUAGCUGGAACUGGUGCUGCCGGACCUGGUGGUGCUGGUGGAGCUGGCGGUGCUGGUGGAGUAGGUGGACUCUAUGGCAAGGAUGGGAUGCUAGGUGGAGCUGGAGCUGGUGCUGGCGGACCUGGCGGUGCUGGUGGAGUAGGUGGUGCUGGUGGAGUAGGGGGACUUUAUGGCAAGGAUGGGAUGCUAGGUGGAGCUGGUGCUGGCGCACUUGGUGGUGCUGGUGGAGUAGGUGGAGUAGGUGGUGCUGGUGGAGUAGGUGGACUUUAUAGCAAGGAUGGUAUGUUAGGUGGAGCUGGUGCUGGCGGGCCUGGUGGUGCUGGUGGCAUUGGUGGGCUCUAUGGUAAGGAUGGAAUGCCAAAUAGACCAGGCACUGGUGGACUUGGUGGUGCUGGUGGCACAGACAGUCUGCUUGACAGUACUGUUGUUUCUGGUGCAGAAGGUAUGAGAGGUCAUCAUGGUAAGGAUGGUGUGCUUCCUAGGGCUGGUGGUGCUGGGUUAAGAGGUGUAGGGAGCACCGGUGACCUUUAUGGUCAGGCAGGUACUUUACAUGGAACUGAGGCUGGUGGUCCUGGCACUGGAUUAGGAGCCAUGGGUAGCAUGAUGGAUCGAACUGGAGGAGCUGGCACCAAGUAUGGUGUAUCAGGUGAGGGUUAUGGUGAAGGGGGGAUAGGUAAGGAUGGCAGGGUUAGUGGAACUGGUGCUGGUGGUCUUAGUGGUGAAGGAUGGUUGGAUGGUAGGGAUGGUAGGCUAGGUGGAUUUGGUGUUGGUCCAGGAGUUAGAGGUGUUGAUGGAUCCCUGUAUGAGAACAUGUCAGGCAUUCCUGGUGAAGAGUUCCUAGGCUAUGGACAGUCUUCUGGCCUUUCUGACGCUGGAACCCAUGCUGGUGACAGAAGAAGACAGCUGUCUGACUUAGAUGCCAGUCAACUUACUUCAUCUGAUAUUUCAAGACCAGGGACAGGAAAUGGGAGAGGAGGAAGUCUUCUUGAAGAGGAUGUGAGAGAAUCACAUCCCCGUUUCAACCAAGGUUUAUUUGACCUCCAUGCACCAAAAGGAAAACCAGCUGUGUUAACUUGCAGCCUCAACAAUGACCAGCUUGAGGGAACUUGGUUUAAAGAUGGGUUCAAGAUAACAGGCCAGGAUGGAAUCUCCAUUGAGAAGGAGGGCCCAGUCCACAAACUAUUAAUAGAUGAAGUACAAGAUAGUCAUGCUGGAAAAUACAAAUUCGAAGCUGGAGGAGUCCGAACAGAGGCAUCUAUUUUUGUUGAAGACCCUCCAAAUGUUGACUCUGCUCUUCUGGAAAAACUGAAGAAGGAACCUAUAGUAGUAAAGGCAGGAAAGAAUGCCAUAGUGAAGAUCCCAUUUGAAGGCCGGAAGCCAGUCAGAUCAACUUGGCUAAAGGAUGAAGGGGAACUUCUGGAUGAUGCCAGGAUCAGCACUGACUAUUCAGACAACUUCACCCGGCUCUCCAUAUCCAGUGCUAAUCGGAAGGACUGUGGUGAUUAUAAAGUGAAACUGAAGAAUGAGAGUGGAAGCACUGAAGCUACUCUCAAGCUGGUAGUUCUAGAUAAGCCUCAACCACCAAUGGGGCCCAUCGAAGUUGUGGACUGCUCCACAAAUAGUAUAACUAUCCAGUGGAAGCCCCCCAAAGAUGAUGGUGGCAAACCAAUCCUGAGUUAUAUUAUCGAGAGGCAGCAGGUUGGCAGAAAGACCUGGGUGACCUUGGGGAAGACCGAUGGAAGCAGCACUGUCUUCACCACCAACAAAGUGGAACAUGACAAAAGUUACUACUUCAAAGUGAGAGCAGUGAAUGCCGAAGGUACCAGUGAGGCACUGGAGUCUGAUGAAGUGAUGGCUGCUACCAAAGCAUUUCCUGGUCCUCCUGCUCCUCCCAAAAUUGUCAGUACCAGCAAGGGUGCCGUCACACUCUCAUGGGCAGCACCACAUAAGACCGGCAACUCCCGCAUCUUGGGCUACAGUGUUGAGAAGUGCAAGAAGGGCAGCAACAGCUGGACACCUGUCACUGAUGUGCCCAUUACAGACAGGAAGUACACAGUGACUGACCUGAAGGAGGGUCUGCUGUAUGAAUUCCGUGUGGCUGCCAUUAAUGCUGCAGGGGCGGGUGACGUUAGUGCCCCGUCGGAAGCUGCUUUUGCUCGGGAUCCCAUGAAACCACCAGGUGCAGUGAGAGAUCUUAAAGUGAUCAGUACUGACUACUGCAGCAUCUCUUUGUCAUGGACGAAGCCAGAAGCAGAGGAAGAAAGUCAUGCCAAAGGCUACAUUAUAGAGAUGCGGCACACUGACACUCUGAAGUGGACCCAGUGCAAUUCCCUCCCAAUCCCAAUGACUACAUACACAGUUAGAGGGCUAAAAGCCAGGGAGAUGUACUUCCUACGAGUGAGAGCAGUCAAUGAUGGUGGUUUUGGCGAGCCCGUCGAACUGGACACUUGUGUCCAAGCUGUACCUCCCACAGUUCCUCCCAAACUCUUGGUAAAGGACACCACCAAAAGCUUCAUGAUUGUAAAAGCAGGGGAUGCCAUUCGUGUGCGCAUUCCCUUUGAAGCCUCCCCACCUCUUGAAGUGGUUUGGCUAAAGGAUGGUCUUACUCUGCCCGCAAAAGCCACAAUAGCUACUAGAGAAGGCCUGAGCCAACUCAUCAUCCCAGGAGCUGACUUUUCUGACAGUGGCCAUUAUAGCAUCACCCUCCAAACUGAGCGUGGAAAUAAAGAGACUUUCAGCUUCCUAGUCCAAGUUCUAGAUGUCCCAGAAUCUCCUGGUCCUAUACAGCUAAUUGAGAAGGUCCCUGACACGGUGACUCUGAUUUGGGAGCCCUCACCAACAGAGAAGAGAGAGGGGACCCUGAAUUAUAUGGUCAUGAGACGUGACUCCUACAAAGGAUCUUGGCAACUGGUGUCUGACCUGAUUUACACCAACAAGUGCACUGUCUCAAAUUUUGUCCCAGGCCGGGAAUACUACUUCAGAGUUCAGGCAAAGAAUUGCAUGGGAAUCAGCGAGCCCUCUGAAACAGUGCAACCCUGGAUCAUUCACAGGGAAAAGGGUAAAUUUGCAGUCAGAAGCCCAAAAUACAAGGGGAUCAACCAAAGUCAGCCUCCAAGAUUCCUUGUCCCAUUGAAACCUCAUGUGGUAACUCUAGGAUUUGACUGUCACAUGAGUUGUGCUGUGACUGGAUAUCCAGUCCCUCAAGUAAUGUGGUAUAAAGAUGGCAAGAAUAUCUCUCAGGAUCCUACCUUCUUCAGCAAAAAUGACUUUGGGGUCUGCUCUCUUGUGAUCCUAGGAGUCACAGCAUCAGAUGGAGGCCAGUACACGGUGGUGGCCAUCAAUGAACUAGGCCAAGCAGUCAGCAAAGCUGAAGUCACCAUAAAAGUGAAACUUCCCAUGAGACAAAAGGUCCUUUGAUGAGAGCCUGUGACCUUCCCUCAUCAUGAGUCUUUCUGAGAAUUGUGCCAUAGUCCUGCAGAAAUUAGAUUUCACCCAAUAAUAGCAGAAGACGGGGAGUGGAUGACAGCUGAGACGAGAACAUAAGUAGGAAAUUGGAAGAUUUUUCAAACCAAGACAUGAAGGUCACAAUGGGCACCAUUCCAAUUAAGCCAUUGUGUGAGCAGAACAACCUCCACCUAGGCAACAGCACUUCCCCUCCCUCUC